GCCGUCCGUCCAGCCACUGUCCUGUCGGCUGGAGUUACACUGAUUCGAUGAACCAGGGUGCAGCAAUGUGGUCUGGAACCAUUCGGCAUCCCCUAGCUCGUGGCAGCCUGACACACUGUCAUGCUGCCUGGCUGACUAUAAGAGCAAGAGACAGCCUUAAAGAGUGAACUGUUCUCAGCAAGGCCUCUCUCUUGUUACCUGCUUCACGGGCCUUUGUCCCUCUUGUUGAGCGCAGCCUUUUCUGCUGCCUGCGGCUUGGUCAAGCUGGAAUACAAGGUACUGUACUUGGUUCAGCUUUAGACCUGAGGAUCGAUUCGAACGUAACACACAUGUUAUAAUUUGUUCCUAUAAAUCCCCCCUGAAGCCCUCGCGCGCAUGCUUGGUUUCUGCAACGAGCCAUCAACUGCGGCUCCUACACUCAUCACCAUGAAUUUGACCACUCCAACCCCCAAUUCCUGCGAAACCGCCAGCCUGGAGGGACUCAUCCCCGGGUACGCGUUCAUCUCGCGCCUCCUGUUAUCAUACCUCCAUAUCGAUCUUUCUCUCUAUGUCCCAUACAUAUUCACAGCCAUUAGCAUCUACUUUGCAUCCGAUCAUAUGUCCCACCAUGUUCAGAGCCUGUUCCGGAGCCAUUUCAUGGCCUCAACUGAGGUCCGUAUCUACGACGAUGUCUACGUUUACCUCAUGUUCUGGAUCUCGCGGCACCGAUGCAUGCAGAACGCCAAGCACAUCUAUGCCAGCACCCAGCUCUCCGUCGAUCGGUACUACUACAGCUCGGAUGAUUCGGGCGACGAAUCGGACGAGGAGAUCGACGAGGAAGAAAUCGCAAGGGGCAGUUUUGACGAGUACUGGAACAAGAUGAUCACCCGGGACCGCACAAAGCGCUUACGCUUCACCCCCGCGCACGGAGUUCAUCGCUUCCGGUACAAGAACCGCCUGAUCUUUCUCAAUCGCGUUCGCGACCGGUCCACCACCUCCUUGUACCUGCAGGACAACUCGGAACGCCUGAUCAUCUCGUGCUUUGGACGGGACACUGCGCUCCUCAAGCAGCUGCUCACGGAUGCGCAGGCGGCGUAUGUUGCACGCGACGGGAACAGCACGGUCAUCUAUCGUGGUCAGAAGGCGAACGGCCGUACCGACUGGAUCCGUUGCAUGGCGCGUGCGCCCCGGGCGCUCUCCACCGUCGUGCUGGACCAGACCCAGAAAGAUGAGUUUGUUAAUGACAUCAAGGAAUACCUCCAUCCGAGGACCAGACGAUGGUACUCCAACCGCGGGAUCCCGUACCGACGAGGCUAUCUGCUUCACGGGCCCCCGGGGACGGGCAAGACGAGCCUGAGCUUCGCCGCUGCCGGGGUGUUGGGCGUGCCGCUGUACCUGUUGAAUCUGAGUUCCAGAAGUCUGGACGAGGAUGAUCUCAUGGGCCUCUUUCACCGCCUGCCUCGGCGAUGCAUCGUUCUCUUGGAGGAUGUCGACUGUGCGGGCAUGACGCAGAAACGCGGGGCUGAUGACAAGGACAAGGAUACCAUCACCGACACUGCUGCCUCAGCCCGGACGCCGAGAGACCCGGCUGCGGGUGGCCCUCCGGAGAAGCAGGGGAUCUCGCUCUCCGGGCUACUUAAUGUCAUUGACGGUGUCGCCGCCAGCGAGGGUCGCAUUCUUAUCAUGACUACCAACCAUCCCGAGAAGCUGGAUGCGGCGCUGCUCCGUCCUGGACGCGUGGAUAUGAGCAUCGGGUUUGGGUACGCGCAGAGCCACGAUGUCGAGGAACUCUUUGCGUCCAUCUACUCCAUGCUGGAGGGUGAUUUGCGUUCUGCGGAGACGGGUUGGAGUCUUGAGAAGACCAAGCACCCCAUGGUCAACGGGGUACAGCCUGUGAAUGGGAAGCCACCUUGUGUGACCGCUCCGGGGGAUAUCUCGAGCUUGGCGCGACAAUUUGCAGCACAAGUUCCCUCUGGUGAAUUUACUGCUGCAGAGGUUCAGGGAUAUCUUCUGAACUACAAGAAUAACCCUCAGGAGGCGAUUGAUGGGGUGGAGCAGUGGCUGAAGAGCACGCGCGAGACACGCGAGAUGCGUCUUGACAAGUUGCACUCAAGCAAGUAAAGCAUGUGGUUGCAUAUGCUACAAUGCUAGUGGAGCGACAAGAUGAAUAACCUGAUCAAUAAUAGUACUCAUUAAUUAUUUACAAUACCAAAGUUUGUUCUAUGA